AUGCCGUGGAGCAAGAUUAGCUUGGAAGAGAUUAGAAUUGGCGUUCAAGUGAACCAGGGAGAAAUAAUAGAAACCGCGCUUGAAAAGGAGGAAAAGGAGUACAAGGGAACACUUCUGAUUGAGUCGCUGCAGCUGUUUGCGUCCGAAAACGAUGUCCGAUUUGAUUUGAGCGAAGAUUUCAAAAACCAAGAAUUUCAACUUUGCGUUGAUAAAUUUGUGGAAAGCAUGGUAGCUGCUGAUGAAUUCGGAAAAUACCCAACAGAGGAUCAAAUUAGCGGGACAAUUCGAGUUUAUGGCCCCUCUCAGAUAAAUGAAAAGUUCGAAACGAUCAUUGGCGAGCUUCGAUGGACCAUUUCGUUGAUGACGGUUCCGGCCGAAAAGCCAAAAGAGCCCGUGAAAAAGGUCGAGAAGCCAAAAGCAAGGAGAGUGACACGAGUGAGAAUCAAACCAGUAACGAACCCUGACGUGCCUGCCGAUUGCCGCCAGGAUCCGCGAAUGGCCAACUCGAUUGUUUCGCAGGCAGGAAUGGAAGAGAUAGAAGUCCUUGUUCACGGAGCAUCGAACUUGUUCAAACCUGGAAAGGAACGACUACCACCGCGAAGGGCUCAAGAAUUUCAAGAAAAUUCAAGAAAUAGGAAAUUCAAAAAAGUGUCGGGAAAAUGCAUUUUAAUGAAACGAGAGCAGCGUGCUUUUGUCUCAUUCAAGAGCGAGUCCGACUUCGACAAUAAUGUUCCAGCAAAGUCAUCAACCACAGUCGCGAGGAAAUCAUCAGCGCCAAUUUGGGCAGAAGUUGUGCAACUCAAGUUCAAAGCCAACCAAGAAAUCACGGCGAUUCUGUCAAUCAUCGACUACGACAGCAAGGCGGUCCUCUCAAAAUUCAAAAUUCCUUCCCAGCGACUCCAGCCCUUCCAACAGUACCACUUAGAACUCGUCGACAAGGAUACGAGCUGUUUUGUAUCAAUUCGUCGAAAGCAGCAUUUGUGCCCUGAGAAAUCGCUCGAAUUUGUCCUUUGCGAGAUGAGCGAUGAGAUCAACGACAACGAGCUUGACGGCUUCACCGCUAUUUUCCGGCCUAUUUCUGAUAUUCUUCAUUACCGGGAAAGCUACAUGCAGCUAAUCUUCGAAGGUCAAAAUCGCAACGUUAUCGACUUCCAGCCAAUCGACUUGUUCAGCGAGACGCCGCGGUCGCCCUCCGACUCACCGGUUGGAUUUCCUCAAGCGAUUCCAAUGAGCUUCCGUGUCGCAAAAGCAUCUCUUACUCGGCACUCAUGGUGGCACAACGUAAUCUUGACGCCAAGACAUUGGUUACGACAUUGA